GUCAAUGUUGGGUGUGUGCCAAAGAAGGUGAUGUGGAACGCGGCGGUCCAUGCGGAGUUCAUCCACGAUCACGCCGACUACGGCUUUGAAACUCCCAGCGUCAAGUUCAACUGGAAAACAAUUAAAGAGAAGCGUGAUGCUUACGUGAGGCGCCUGAACGAGAUCUAUGAGAAUAAUGUAAAGAAGGCUCACAUCGACAUCAUUCGGGGCUAUGGCAAGUUCACCGCCGAUCCCAAGCCUACCAUCGAAGUGGACGGGAAGAAGUACACGGCUCCUCACAUCCUGAUAGCCACGGGUGGGCGCCCAGCCGUCCCUCCUGACAGCAAAAUUCCUGGUGCCAGUCUGGGGAUAACCAGCGAUGGCUUCUUUGACCUGGAGGAGCUGCCCAGGCGCAGCGUUAUCGUCGGUGCCGGCUACAUCGCCGUGGAAAUCGCAGGGAUCCUUUCCACGCUGGGCUCCAAGUCAUCCCUGCUGAUCCGCCACGACAAGGUCCUGAGGACCUUCGACUCCAUGAUCAGUUCAAACUGCACCCAGGAGCUGGAGAACACUGGGGUGGAUGUCUGGAAGCACACACAGGUCAAGAUGGUCACCAAGUCCUCUCAUGGGCUGCUGGAUGUGACAGUGACCUCCUCGGUGCCUGGCCACAAGCCAACUGAGGGAACGAUCCAGGAUGUUGACUGCCUGCUGUGGGCCGUGGGGCGGAGGCCCAACACUGAGGAGCUGUGCCUGGACCAAGUGGGCGUGCAGGUGGACGCCAAGGGCCAUGUGGUGGUGGAUGAGUACCAGAACACCACCAGGAGAGGGAUCUACGCCGUCGGGGAUGUCUGCGGGAGAGCCCUCCUCACCCCAGUGGCCAUUGCUGCUGGCAGAAAGCUGGCCCACAGGCUCUUUGAGGACAAGCCCGACUCCCGUCUGGACUACCAUGACAUCCCCACCGUCGUCUUCAGCCACCCGCCCAUCGGCACCGUGGGCCUCACCGAAGAUGAAGCCGUGGCCACGCACGGAAGGGAGAAUGUAAAGAUCUACAGCACGUCCUUCACCCCCUUGUACCACGCCAUCACCCAGAGGAAGGUUAAAUGCGUCAUGAAGCUGGUGUGUGUUGGCAAGGAGGAGAAGGUGGUGGGAUUGCACAUGCAAGGGCUGGGCUGCGACGAAAUGCUGCAGGGCUUUGCUGUGGCCAUCAAAAUGGGGGCCACCAAGGCUGACCUGGACAACACCGUCGCCAUUCACCCCACUUCUGCUGAAGAGCUGGUGACGAUGCGCUGA